UGGCCUCGCAGAGUGUAAGGAUUAUAGGCAUGAGACACUGCACCCCCUGGAGAUCUCUUACUGAUUCUGUUGAUAGUGGGGAUUGGAAUUAUCCCUUAUAAUAGAGUUCUGCAUAUUUAACAAACAUCUUUUAGAGUUCUAUUUGGUACUAAAGAUUGUGUAGCAGAUAAAAGGCAAAGAAAUGUUCUACCCUCAGAAACCUAUAUAUUAGAAGGGGAGACCACCAACUAUGCAUUAGACAAUUAGAUAUACAAUUUUGGAGUUUGGUGGCAAGGCUAAGUUCAAGCAUCACUAUUGCAAAGAAGCCUUCUUUAGGACUCCAGUGUACCUUUUAGUGUCCCCUUAUUGUUUACCAGUCCCUGUGUUAGGGAAGGUAUAAUGCUGAGGUCUAGGAGGGCCAGAAACCUUGGUCUUUGCUAUCCAAGAGCUUAUGAUUUCAUAAAGGAAAUAUGAUAUGUCCCUUAUCAACUAUAAUAUAAGGCAGUUUAUGAAAGGCAAAGUAACAUGGUGGUUAAGAGCCCAGAUUUGGAGCCUCAGAAUACUAAGGUCGAGAUCUUGGUUCUGCCAUAUACUUGCCCAUAACCUUAGACAAAUGGCAAUGUCUGUAUGCUUCACUUUCUUGAUCUAUAAAACAGGAAGGGAUAAUAGUAUCUUUCAUUCGAGUUACUAGGAUGGAAUGAUUAAAACAUGCAGUAUGUGAAUGUUUGUCGCUGUUACUAUUAUGGUACAUUGUGCUAAGUGUAGUAUAUUGGUUAAGAAAUGGAAUUUUUGUGCACCCUUCCACAGCUCAGUUGGUAGAGUGGAGUACUACUAUAAACUGGACAAAGAAAUUGGGAUUUAAAAAAAAUUUUUUGUUUUGAAAUUGGGAACUAGUUUCUAAUCCGAAAUCAUCCAAAUACUAGUUGUAUUAUCUUGGGAACAUCACAUAACCUCUGUGACAUCAGUUUCUUCAUCUGUAAAUGGGUAUAAUAGCACAUUUAUAAAUGUACUAUUAUUAAAUGUGCUACUUAUAUGAAGUAAUACAUAUAAAACACACAUGAGUGUCUAUAUAUUCUCAAUAAAGAGGAGCUAUUUUUUUAAAGUUAUAAGUAAAAUAAAUAAAGUGCUACAGAAUUUCAGACACGUGGAAGUGAAGUACUGCUGAAAUGCCACAUAAAGACAUGUUCACUUAAUACCUUUAUUUAGAGAAUGGGGGCCUAGUAAGAAAGCUGUUGGUAGUACAAUUUUUUUCCAUAAGAACUGUGUGAGGGGGUGAUUUGAUAGUCUCGUAGGCAAAUACAAGUAAAUAGAACUAGUAAAAGGAAAUUUCAGAAUAAAUGACUUAGAAAAAAAUCAUUUAUAAUUUUCUUUCCUUUUUAAAUUACAAAUAGAAUUUUUUAAUUUUCAUUAGGAGUUCUAAAGAAUUGUAGGAUUCUUAGGCAUUCUGUUAAACUAUGCUUUGUGUUAUACUUACACAUGAACUUGAUGGGGUUUCUAUAGAGUAGAAAAUUAGCAGAGUAAAACAAUAGAAAAAUUGUUUAUAGCCCUAAGAUUUUUUAUUAGAAUGAGUUAACAUUUUGAAGUUUCUGGAAUUUUAUAACUUAAAUAGAUAAAAGCACAGAAGCUUUACAAGUACUUUAUCCAUAUUAUACUGUUGUAUCAAGAACAUAAAAUCUCAUUUUACAAACAAUGGAAAUAUAUCUUGUGGAAGGAAGGAUUUUAAGAAAGAGAAUAGAACAUGUGCAUUGAGUGAGGCUGUUGCUGGGUCUACAGAUAAAGCAGCUGAGGUUUUGGCUUCUUUGAGUUCUUUUGCCAAAAAAAAUGAUUUGCACGAUCUUGAACAUGUACUAUCCAUGCUGAUGGGACAGGAUCCAAUAUGAAUAUAAGUGAUGUAGGAAGACGACGCUUUGAGGAUAAUGAACAUACAUUACGUAUAUAUCCUGGGACAAUUUCAGAAGGAACGAUUUACUGUCCAAUUCCUGCCAGGAAAAACUCCACAGCUGCUGAGGUGAUUGACUCUCUUAUAAACAGGCUUCAUCUUGACAAAACAAAAUGUUACGUUCUAGCAGAGGUAAAGGAAUUUGGUGGAGAAGAAUGGAUACUCAAUCCAACAGACUGUCCAGUUCAGCGAAUGAUGUUAUGGCCACGAAUGGCUCUGGAAAAUCGCUUGAGUGGAGAAGACUACCGCUUUCUUCUGAGAGAAAAAAACCUUGAUGGAUCAAUCCAUUAUGGUAACCUUCAGUCAUGGCUACGGGUAACGGAAGAACGUCGCAGGAUGAUGGAACGGGGUUUUCUUCCACAGCCACAACAGAAAGACUUUGAUGAUUUAUGUAGCUUGCCUGAUUUGAAUGAGAAAACUCUCUUAGAAAACCUACGAAAUCGCUUUAAGCAUGAAAAAAUUUAUACUUAUGUUGGCAGUAUUCUAAUAGUUAUUAACCCAUUCAAGUUUCUUCCUAUUUAUAACCCCAAAUAUGUCAAAAUGUAUGAUAACCACCAAUUGGGAAAACUUGAGCCCCAUAUUUAUGCUGUGGCUGAUGUAGCUUAUCAUGCCAUGCUUCAGCGUAAAAAGAAUCAGUGCAUUGUGAUUUCAGGAGAGAGUGGUUCUGGGAAAACUCAAAGCACAAACUUUCUUAUUCACCACCUUACUGCUCUCAGUCAGAAAGGAUUUGCCAGUGGAGUAGAACAGAUUAUUCUUGGAGCUGGACCAGUACUUGAGGCCUUUGGAAAUGCAAAGACAGCUCAUAAUAACAAUUCAAGUCGUUUUGGCAAGUUUAUUCAAGUAAAUUACCAGGAAACUGGCACUGUACUUGGUGCCUAUGUUGAAAAAUAUCUACUGGAGAAGUCCAGACUCGUUUAUCAAGAGCAUAAUGAACGGAACUAUCAUGUAUUUUAUUACCUACUGGCAGGAGCAAGUGAAGAAGAAAGAUCAGCAUUCCACCUUAAACAACCAGAGGAAUAUCAUUAUCUCAAUCAGAUAACAAAGAAACCCCUCAGACAGAGCUGGGAUGAUUAUUGCUAUGACUCUGAGCCGGAUUGCUUCACCACAGAGGGCGAAGACUUGAGACAUGACUUUGAACGGUUACAAUUGGCCAUGGAAAUGGUUGGAUUUCUUCCUAAGACACGAAGACAGAUUUUCUCUCUUCUCUCAGCAAUACUACAUUUGGGUAAUAUCUGUUAUAAAAAGAAGACAUAUCGGGAUGACUCUAUUGAUAUCUGUAAUCCUGAAGUUUUGCCUGUUGUCUCAGAAUUAUUGGAAGUUAAAGAAGAGAUGCUAUUUGAAGCAUUAGUUACAAGGAAAACAGUGACAGUGGGAGAAAAGCUUAUUUUACCAUACAAGCUGGCGGAGGCUGUAACAGUGAGGAACUCCAUGGCUAAGUCUCUAUAUAGUGCCCUGUUUGACUGGAUAGUUUUUCGAAUUAAUCAUGCACUUUUGAAUAGUAAAGAUUUAGAGCAUGAUACCAAGACUUUGUCCAUUGGUGUUCUUGAUAUUUUUGGGUUUGAAGAUUAUGAAAAUAACAGCUUUGAACAGUUUUGUAUCAAUUUUGCUAAUGAACGUUUACAACACUACUUUAAUCAGCAUAUCUUUAAAUUGGAGCAAGAGGAAUAUAGAACUGAAGGUAUUAGCUGGCAUAACAUAGAUUACAUUGAUAAUACCUGUUGCAUAAAUCUUAUUAGCAAAAAACCGACAGGACUGCUCCAUCUUUUGGAUGAAGAAAGCAACUUUCCACAGGCUACAAAUCAAACAUUGCUAGACAAAUUUAAGCAUCAACAUGAAGAGAAUUCUUACAUCGAAUUUCCAGCUGUGAUGGAACCUGCUUUCAUCAUAAAACAUUAUGCUGGAAAAGUAAAAUAUGGGGUAAAGGAUUUCCGGGAAAAAAAUACAGAUCAUAUGCGCCCAGACAUUGUAGCUCUUCUGAGAAGUAGCAAGAAUGCAUUUAUCUCUGGGAUGAUUGGAAUUGAUCCUGUAGCUGUUUUCCGAUGGGCAGUUCUCCGAGCUUUUUUCAGAGCUAUGGUUGCUUUCAGGGAGGCCGGGAAAAGACACAUUCACAGAAAAACUGGACAUGAUGACACAGCGCCAUGUGCAAUUUUGAAAAGUAUGGAUAGUUUUAGCUUUCUCCAACACCCAGUCCACCAGAGGAGCUUAGAGAUUCUGCAGAGAUGCAAGGAAGAGAAGUACAGUAUAACUCGGAAAAAUCCUAGAACACCUCUUUCUGAUCUUCAGGGCAUGAAUACUCUAAAUGAAAAAAACCAAUAUGAUACAUUUGAUAUUCCCUGGAAUGGCAGAACUGGGAUUCGCCAGAGCAGACUAUCAAGUACCACCUCCUUGCUUGAUAAAGAUGGGAUAUUUGCAAAUUCAGCUAGCAGCAAACUCCUGGAGAGAGCCCAUGGAAUUCUCACGAGAAACAAGAACUUCAAAUCUAAGCCUGCCCUUCCAAAGCACUUGCUGGAAGUAAAUUCUUUAAAACAUCUGACAAGAUUGACCCUACAAGAUCGGAUUACCAAGUCUCUUCUUCAUUUGCACAAGAAGAAGAAACCUCCCAGCAUCAGUGCCCAGUUUCAGGCAUCAUUAAGCAAGCUGAUGGAGACACUUGGUCAAGCAGAACCAUAUUUUGUAAAAUGCAUUCGUUCUAAUGCUGAAAAGCUGCCCUUAAGAUUCAGUGAUGCUUUGGUACUUAGACAGCUUCGAUACACUGGGAUGCUGGAAACAGUUCGAAUUCGCCAAUCAGGAUACAGCUCCAAAUAUUCCUUCCAGGAUUUUGUGAGCCACUUCCACGUACUUCUUCCUCAAAAUAUUAUCCCAUCCAAAUUUAACAUUCAGGAUUUCUUCAGGAAAAUAAAUCUUAAUCCAGAUAAUUAUCAAGUUGGAAAAACCAUGGUCUUCCUAAAGGAGCAGGAACGACAGCACUUACAAGAUCUGCUUCACCAAGAGGUGCUCCGCAGAAUCAUAUUGUUGCAGCGAUGGUUCAGGGUCUUGCUAUGUAGGCAGCAUUUCCUCCAUAUGAGACAGGCAUCCAUUGUCAUCCAGCGAUUCUGGAGGAAUUACCUAAAUCAGAAGCAAAUCAGAGAUGCACCUGUGCAGAAGGAUGCUUUUGUUAUGGCUAAUGCAGCUGCUCUUCUCCAAGCUUCUUGGCGUGCUCACUUAGAGAGGCAACGGUACUUGGAACUACGGGCUGCAACCAUCAUCAUCCAGCAGAGAUGGAGAGAGCACUAUAGACGCAGGCACAUGGCUGCUGUCUGCAUACAGGCAAGAUGGAAAGCCUACAGGGAAAGUAAGAGGUACCAAGAACAAAAGCACAAAAUUAUCCUUUUGCAGUCAACAUGUAGGGGAUUCAGAGCAAGACAAAGAUUUAAAGCUUUAAAAGAACAAAGGCUAAAAGAAACAAAGCUAGAACUUGGAUUGGUGAAUAUCAAGGGAUAUAGAGCUCUGGAAGUUCAGGGUUCAGACCCUUCAGAAUGGGAGGAUUGCUCCUUUGACAACAGAGUGAAAGCCAUAGAGGAAUGUAAAUCUGUGAUGGAGAGUAAUCGAAUUAGCCGUGAAAGUUCAUUGGACUGCUCAAGAGAGUCCCCAGACAAGCAGCAGGAGAAAGCCAGAAGCCAAAGUGGUGUGGACUCGCAAGAAGAUGUGAUUGUAAGAAAGCGACCCAAAUCCUUGGAGGAUCUCCAUCAGAAAAAAGUAGGCCGGGCUAAAAGAGAAAGUCGGAGAAUGAGAGAACUAGAGCAAGCUAUAUUUAGCUUAGAAUUACUGAAAGUCCGUUCUCUUGGUGGUGUAUCCCCUUCAGAGGAACGAAGGUGGUCUACAGAAUUGAUGCCUGAAGGCCUUCAGUCUCCACAGGGUACACCUGAUAGUGAAAGCUCUCAAGGAAGCUUGGAACUUCUGAGCAGUGAGGAAAGCCAAAAGAAUAAGCCAGAGUCUAUAAUUUUAGAUGAAGAAGACUUACAGUUUCCAUCACCUAAGAUAUCUAGCAGUCCAAAAUUUGAUUCCCAGGACAAAACCCUCAGUGCCUCAAGGGAAACUAGCUAUGCAGAGCUUUUGAAGAAUGGAAAUAUGAAGGGAAAGCUGGUCUACAGUUCUGAACCUAUUACUUGUAAACCACAGCUGAGAGACUCCUUCAUGUCAAAUAGUCUGCCAACAUUUUUUUAUAUUCCACCACAAGAUGCACUGAAAACAAGUUCCCAACUAGAUACAAAUAUCCAAAGAAACAAACUGUUAGAGAAUGAAGACACACUAGGGACAGCUCUUACUUUGGAUAUCAACAGGGAAGAUAGGAGGUAUCACUUCUCAGGAGAAGAUCAAGUUCCUUCUUUGAAUACAGAUUCUUCUAAUACUGUGCUUAAGAAGUUAGAAAAGCUAAACACUGAGAAGGAAGAAAGGCAAAAGCAGUUGCAGCAGCAGAAUGAAAAAGAGAUGAUGGAACAGAUUCGCCAGCAAACAGAUAUUUUAGAGAAGGAGCGUAAAGCCUUCCAGACAGUUGACAAGUCAGGAAUUGGGGAGUCUUUCCUGGCACCAUCUUUCUAUCAGUCAAAACAAAGAGUAGAGAUGCCAUCCUCUCUUCUCAGCAUAAAUACCCCAAAUAAGAGAGAACGUAGUGUACUGGCGUCCCCAUCAGUAACUACAAAAGAUGCAGCUCUUAUCCCAAAAGACAGUCCCUCUGCUCACUUACUCCCGAAGGACCAACCGGUCACCUUGUUCUUUGAAAGAAAGGGAAGUCCAUGUCAAUCUAGUAUUGUCAAGGAAUUAUCCAAGACAGACAGAGCAGGCACCCAACUGAAUGUAGCCUAUAAACUCUCUAAUAAUCGCGUUUCAAAAAGAGAAUACUUUAGGCCAACUCAGUCUUCCAGCCACAAAUCUGAUGACCUUUCCAGAGAGGGAAAUACUAGUUCCAUUUUCUUCACACCAAAGGACAAUAUGAGUGUUCCCCUUGCCAACAAGGAAGCCUUAAACAGUGGAAAUCCUCAAGUCCAUAAACAAGAUGAAUCAGCUUGGAAAUCUGUGAAAUUAGCUGGGCCGGGCCAAGGAGAGCAGGUUGCCAGACCGGCCCAUAAAAAGAAAGCUCGAAUGGCGCGGACGCGCUCCGAUUUCUUGACUAGAGGUACUUUUGCCGAUGGGGAGGGGGAUACAGAGGAAGAUGAUUACGAUGACAUUAUUGAGCCCCUUCUCUCCCUUGACCAAGCUUCUCACUCUGAGCUAGGGCCUGUACCCAGCCUGGGUCAGGCCUCUCACAGUGACUCCGAAAUGACAUCACAACGAUUUUCUUCAGUUGAUGAACAAGCAAAGCUUCAUAAGACUAUGUCUCAAGGAGAGAUUACGAAGUUGGCAGUGAGACAGAAGGCUUCAGAUUUGAAUACAAGACCUCAGAGAGCUAAGAUGAGAUUCUGGGCCAAAGGGAAACAAGGGGAGAAGAAGACUACGAGAGUGAAACCUGCCACCCAGUCAGAGGUUUCAGCACUCUUUGCAGGCUCAGAUGUGAUUCCAGCUCAUCACUUUCCAGAUGAAUUAACUCAGUAUCAUCCAACACCUCCCUUGAGUCCAGAACUGCCUGGGAGUUGCCAGAAGGAGUUCAAAGAGAACAAAGAGCCUUCUCCAAAGGCUAAGCGUAAGCGAAAUGUGAAGAUCAGCAAUGUGGCUUUGGAUUCUGUGCAUUGGCAAAAUGACUCUGUCCAGAUCAUAGCAAGUGCCAGUGAUUUGAAAAGCAUGGAUGAAUUUCUUCUGAAAAAGAUGAAUGACCUAGAUAAUGAAGAUAGCAAGAAAGAUACAUUAGUGGAUGUUGUAUUUAAAAAAGCCCUGAAAGAAUUUCGUCAGAACAUCUUCAGCUCUUAUUCAUCUGCAUUGGCGAUGGAUGAUGCGGAAAGCAUACGGUAUAAAGACCUCUACGCGCUAUUUGAACAGAUUCUGGAAAAGACCAUGAGGCUUGAGCAACGUGACUGGGGAGAAUCUCCAGUGAGGGUUUGGGUCAACACUUUUAAAGUGUUUUUAGAUGAAUAUAUGAAUGAAUUCAAGACUUCAGAUUGCACAGUCACAAAGGUGCCAAAAACAGAACGAAAGAAAAGAAGAAAAAAAGAAACUGAUUUGGUGGAAGAGCACAAUGGUCACAUCUUUAAGGCCACCCAAUAUAGCAUCCCUACAUACUGUGAAUACUGUUCUUCUUUGAUAUGGAUAAUGGACCGAGCCUCUGUUUGCAAAUUAUGCAAGUAUGCUUGCCAUAAGAAGUGCUGUCUGAAAACCACAGCCAAGUGCUCUAAAAAGUAUGAUCCAGAGCUAUCAUCUCGACAGUUUGGAGUUGAACUGUCCCGUUUGACCAGUGAAGACCGAACUGUUCCUUUAGUGGUGGAAAAGCUCAUAAACUACAUUGAAAUGCAUGGACUGUAUACAGAAGGCAUUUACCGAAAGUCUGGUUCAACUAAUAAAAUCAAGGAGCUUCGACACGGUCUAGAUACAGAUGCUGAGAGUGUAAAUCUAGAUGACUAUAACAUACAUGUCAUUGCAAGUGUAUUCAAACAAUGGCUUCGAGAUUUGCCCAAUCCGCUCAUGACCUUUGAACUCUAUGAGGAAUUUCUUCGAGCUAUGGGCCUACAGGAGAGGAAGGAGACAAUCCGUGGUGUAUACUCUGUGAUUGACCAGCUCUCCCGAACUCAUCUCAAUACUCUGGAACGCCUCAUCUUUCAUCUAGUCAGGAUUGCACUACAGGAAGAUACUAAUCGAAUGUCUGCUAAUGCUUUGGCCAUUGUGUUUGCACCUUGCAUUCUGCGCUGCCCAGACACCACUGACCCACUACAAAGCGUACAGGACAUCAGUAAGACCACCACCUGUGUCGAGCUCAUUGUUGUGGAACAAAUGAAUAAAUAUAAGGCUCGUCUCAAAGACAUCAGUAGCCUGGAAUUUGCAGAGAAUAAGGCAAAGACCAGGCUGUCACUGAUUCGUAGAUCAAUGAAACCUGUACUAAUUGCAGUUAGAUUCAUGAGCAUUACCCGCAAUUCAGUCUCGGGAAAGGGGCGUAUUCGUCGAGGAAACUAUCCAAGUGCAUCCUCUCCUGUUGUAGUUCGGUUGCCUUCUAUGUCUGAUGUCCCAGAAGAGACCUUGACUAGUGAGGCAUCCAUGGAAACUGACAUUACAGAACAGCAACAAGCAGCUAUGCAGCAGGAGGAGAGAGUACUGACUGAGCAGAUUGAGAACUUACAGAAAGAGAAAGAGGAGCUAACAUUUGAGAUGCUUGUACUGGAACCCCGUGCCUCUGACGAUGAAACCCUUGAGUCUGAGGCCUCCAUUGGGACUGCCGAUAGCUCAGAGAAUUUGAAUCUGGAGUCUGAAGGUGCCUUCUCUGAGAAAUCAGAGAGGAGCUUAACCCUUAGCUCCCUGAAGGCAGCUGGCAAGUCUGAACCUUCAAGCAAGUUGCGAAAGCAGCUAAAAAAGCAGCAAGACUCUUUGGAUUCAGUAGACUCUUCGGUUUCUUCUUUAUAUCUGUCUAACACUGCGUCGUCUCAUGGAACCAGAAAACGAUUUCAGAUUUAUUCCAAAUCACCGUUCUAUCGAGCUGCCUCAGCUGGUGAGGCCCUGGGAAUGGAAGGACCACUGGGCCAGACCAAAUCCCUGGAAGACAGGCCUCAGUUCAUCAGCAGAGGAACCUUCAACCCUGAAAAGGGCAAACAAAAAUUAAAGAAUGUGAAAAACUCACCUCAGAAAACCAAAGAGAAUCCAGAGGGGACAGUCAUGCCUGGCCGCAGGAAAGCUGUGGACCCAGACUGCACUUCCACCCAACAGUUAGCACUCUUUGGAAAUAAUGAGUUUAUGGUCUGAACUGGCAGAUGCGUUUCCCUUCACAGCUACAGAGUGGUAAACACAUCUCAUCUCCGGGGCUGCUUCGCAUCACCUCGUCCACAAUAGUUCAUCCUAAUUGUGGAUCCGGCCUUUUGCCUAAGCAUAUGGCUAAGACCUUGUGUGCUGAAUUCCUGGGCUUCCUGCAGAAGCGGAAAGUCCUCUUGAAGCCUGCUGGGGGAUGGUGCCAGCUGUGCCUUGGCUGCUGUAUUUAAGUUGAGAUUUCACUAAACAAAGCCACCUAGAGCCUGGGGAUUUUGGUCAGUUGUAGUUGCCUCUCCCCCACCCUCUUUUCCCUUCCCAGAGGUGGCUGUGUUGAACUAGGUGGGAUAUUGUGGGCCUGAGGGACCCUCUGAUUUCUGUCUGACAUUUGAGGAAAACAUGUAAAUCUUUCUUAACCAUGAAAGCAAAAGCCUUUGGGUUUAUUUUGAGAUAGUUUAGGAGCAGGGUGGAAUAUAAUUUUUUUCCAAGGAUUUAUAGACAAAAACCUAAGCCCUCUAUUUUAAGAUUUUUGAAAAACAUUCCAUGUUAUAUUCUGGAGAAAGUAAAAAAGUGAUUGUUUCCAUUAAGACAUCAGAUUGUCUCAGACAUCUGAUUAUAAAGUGAAGAACAGAGUACAUGUUUUGUUUUUUGAUGAUGUUUGAUGUCAUAAUAAUCACUGCUGGUUUAACUCCUGUUUAGUUCAUGACAAAUAUAUUACAUGGGCUAAAGUGUCAGUAGCCAUACUAUUCUUAUGUUUUCUGGUCCUAGGAUCAGAUUCCCUUUUUUUUUUUUUUUUUUUUUUUUUUAAUUUCCCAGAAACAUGGUGAUCUCUACACACGAGGGUUUCAUCCUAAUCCAUUCAGGCUUUUCUCUUUGUAUAGAUUAAACUGAAGACCACAUAUGAACAUAUUCAUCUGCUGGUGGAUUCCCACCACAGGCUUAGACCAAUAACGUGACCAUUUAAUCAGCUCUUUGCAAACAUUCACAUACAACAUUGCAUGAGUAAGUGUUACAGAAAGCUGCCAAAAAUAAAAAGGUUUUUAAUAUCA